AUGGGAAGAAAAAAAUAUGUUUAUUUAGAAUUUUCAAUAAAUACAAUUAUAUUAGGAAAAGUUUAUUUUGAAUUAUUUUGUGAUGAAGAGAUAAAAAAAUCAGUUGACAAUUUUUUAAAUCUAUGUAGAGGAAAUAUUUAUCACAGUAUUUAUUCUGAUGAGAUGUUAACAUAUAAAAAUUGUAGAGUAGAAAAAAUAAAAAAAAAUAAAUGUAUAAAAAGUGGAUAUUUAAGAGAUAAAAUAAGUAAUGGAAAUAGACUAAAUAAUAAUAUAUCAAAAGAAACAAAAUAUGAAAAGGUGGAAUGUAUAUAUGGAAAAUCUUAUAAAAAAGAAUAUUCAAAAAGAAGACAUUUAAGUGCUGGAUUACUAACUAUGGUUGCAAUAGAAGAUAAAAAAUAUUCAUCUAUUUUUAAAAUUACUUUAAAUAAAGUACAUAAAUAUAAUAAUAAAAAUAUAAUUAUAGGGAGAGUUAUAAAAAAUAUGCAUAUUUUGAGGGCUUUAGAAAUGAUUCCUGUAACUACAGAUUUUAAACCAAAAAUUGAUGUUUACAUUUCUGAUUGUAAUGAGAUAAGUGAAUCUUUUUUUAAGAGUGAUAAAAUUUCUUCAAGGCAACUAUACAUUGAUAAUUUAUUUGCAAAUUUAAAUGAAAAAAAAAAUAAUGAAGAUGAUGAGGAAGAGGAAGAAGAAGAAGAAGAAGAACAGGAUGGAAAAUAUUUUCAUGGUAAUAAUGAUGAUUAUUCUUUUGGAAAAUUUCAAUCAAAAAAAAAAAAAAAAAAAGAAAUUACUGAAAAGCAAAAAGGUAUUGAAUUAUUGAAUAAAAUUCUUUCAGAUAUAGAUAAUAUUGCUAAAAACAAAAGUCCCAUUAAUGAAAAUAAUAAAAUAAGUUUGGAUAACUUGAAAGAAAGUGUAAAUAUUAUUACUAAUGAAAAUGAAGUUUCAACAAAUAAAAUUUCAAAAGAAAGCGUAAUAGAAAAACAUGAAAAUGAAAAAGAUAAAAUAAAAAAUAAAGAUAUUCUUCCUAUAUAUCCAUAUGAAUAUAAUGAAAUAAACAAAAAAAUGACAGAAAGAGAAAAAAAACUUUUAAAUAUACAGUUAAAAAUUAAUCAAUCAAAAGUAUUAAAUCAAAUGGAAGUUCAAAGAGAAAAAUUAUUUGAAAAUUCUAACAAUGAAAUGAGAAAAUUUAGAGAAUAUUUAAACUACAAAAAUGAGCAAAACAUAAAUAUUAAAAAUGCAAUUUUUAAAAAGGAUAAUAAAAAUGAAUCUAGUAAAGAUAAAAAUGUAAACAAUAAAAAUGAUGAAAAAAAUGAAGAAAAUAAUGAAGAAACUAGUAAGAAUGAAAAAAUAGUUGAAAGUAAUAAGAAUGAAAAAUUAGUUGAAAGUAAUAAGAAUGAAAAAAUAGUUGAAAGUAAUAAGAAUGAAAAAUUAGUUGAAAGUAAUAAGAAUGAAAAAAUAGUUGAAAGUUGUAAGAAUGAAAAAUUAGUUGAAAGUAGUAAGAAUGAAAAUAUAGUUGAAAGUAGUGAUGAAGAAAACAAAAAAAAUUAUAAACUUUAUAAUACAAGUGCCAUGAAAGUAAAAAAUAUAAUGAUGAAAAAAAAGAGAAAAAAUGCAUUUGAUUUAGAUAAUGACAUAGAUUUUUAUAAAAAAAUAAAAUUUAAUUUUUCUAUAAAUAGAAAAAUAUAUGACGAAAAAAAAAAAGAGUUCGGUGAUAAUUUUUAUGGAAAUAAUUUAUUAAUUAAUGAUAACUCAUUAUGUACAGAAAAUGAUAAAAAUAAAAUUUUAGAAUUUUGUAAAAAACAGGAAGAGUUACGAAGUAAAUAUAGUAGAAAAAGAAAUGAAGAAAAUGAAUUAUUUAAAAAUUAUAUUAAUAGAAGAAAUAAAAUAUACAAUAAAAAAUUAGAUCGUUAUUUUAAUAAACACACAAUAGAAAUAAGACAAAAUCUUGAAAGAACAAUUUAA